UGCCAACCAAUCAACAGCCGCGGCUCAAUUUCGAAUGCCAACUCACGGAGAACGGACAGUCGGAUGUGGUGUGUUAAAAUGUAUUAUGUUGCUAACUAACUUUAACUUUAGUUACCAUCCAAUUUUAAACAAAUACAAAUAGCCCCGUGGUUUACGCGUGAGGACAUGAGCACAGAUCCUGAGCCAUGGCGAAAGAACGAGCCCGGAAGAAGUCCUUCCAGCAGAGUCUGGAGGACAUCAAGGAAAGGAUGAAGGAGAAGAGGAACAAACGGCUGGCCCGUGCUUCAGCCCCCAGAAGAGCACUGUCCAAAAUGAUAAACAACAACAACAGCAGCAGCAGCAGUGUGGUCAACUCCAUUCACACCAUCCUGAAGGGUGUCCAGCAGAACAACAAGGAGCUGGCCAUUGGCCUUCAGGCUGAGAAGGAGAAAGGGAGACAGGCUAAUGCGGUGAUCCUGCAGCUGAAGAGGGAGCAACAGGCGCUCUUCCUUCACCUCCUUCUGCUCAAGAAGAGGCUCAAGGAGCAGGAGGCUCUUGCACUUCGGGCUACAGAGACUCAAGCUCCAAACGUCUUUGUGGAGCCCACACACCAUUUGGAAUCGGCAAGGAGAAAGCCGUCCAGCCAGAACCCCGAUAACCCGCUAUUGUGCCAAUCCUCACCAAUUUGUGCAGACCUUCCGCCUUGUGAAAAGAACACACAAUUGGACCGGCUGGCUCUGCUGCCGUCCACGGUGGGUGUGAGACGUCGCCAUGGAGACAGAGGCAGUAGCAGCAGGAGGUCUGAGCGUGUGCGGGCAAAGACGACGACGUCGUUGAGCGAGGGUGACCCCAUCACGGGCUUUGGUACUUUGAUAGCGAGCCCCAUCCGCAGUGACCAGGAAAAUACAAAUCCGCCUCAGCAAGAAGCGGAAACGGAUUUAGCGGACCCCGUCAGUCAAUUUCAGCAUUAUACUCCUGAACCCGAACCACCCAAAAACAGGGGCAACCAGCAGCGGCCCAGCAGGAAAAGAUCCCAGCAGCAGCCCCGAACCAAGCCGGUUCCUCCGCCACAGAAAGCAGAGAGAGGCCGCAAAGCAGACCGCGCCCCGAUGAAGAAACCCUGGGAGAAUCCCAAACCCAGAGCUCGCUCCAAGAGUCGGGACCGGUCGGCCACGCGAGCCCAAACGUCAAAUCCGCCGCAGGGGAAUAAGCUCAACAGCUCGCUGGGUUUCAAUGACACGUUUGACUUCGAUUGCGAGGAGGCGGUUCACCUCACACCGUUCAGAGCCAAGGCAGAGGACGAUCAGCCGGCCACGGCCGGCAGCGAGGAGGCUCCUCACGCCGAGGCCCCAACUGUGCUUUCCCGUCAGAUAGAAUCCAGCUCCUCGUCUGCAGCUUCUGAGUCGGAGGACAGCCUUUAUGUCCCUCAGAAGAGCAGAGGGGCUCAGAAGCCCCCCGACGAGACCAAAGUGAUCACAACUCGUCGAGGCCGGCGCUCUAAAGUCGCCCCGCAGAAAGAAAUCGUCCCUCCAAAACAAAAGAUUCCUGUCUUUAGAGAUGAGAAGUUAAGUCCUAAGGCUGCAGAUCCUGCGAAGAAGGAAGCGCGUCUCUUCCCUGACUCCAGCUUCUCUAACAGUCCCCACUCAGCGUUUUUGAGACAGGGAAAUCCACAAGAGCCUCCAAGGGGGGUUAAUGAGAAGGAUUGUUUGCUGCCUGUCAGCCCUCUGGUUGAAGUGGAGAUGAUGAGAAUAGACAACGUCCUGUCUAACUUUGGUGAUUCCUCCGGUGAAGCUCCCCCUCUUCUACCUCACCAAACACCCCAGAGGAUCAAGACGUGCAAGAAACGUGGGCUCGGUCUAAGGACAGCUGGGCGGGGCUUGAGUCUGUGUGAUGUGACCAAUCUGUCCCCCGCAGCCUACCGCAAGUUCUCCCACGGUGACGCCCGAAGCUCCACCCCCGCUCCUUCUCGCAAGCGGAGCUGCACCAUGGUGGUGGACUACAAGGAGCCCACGCUGAAUGCGAAACUUCGGCGCGGGGACAAGUUCACGGACCUGCAGUUCCUCCGCUCUCCAAUUUUCAAGCAGAAGCCCGGCAGGAGGUCCGUGCAGAAAGCAAGGAAUGCAAUCGGCAGUCAGCAGCCGUUUGAUAAAUACAAUGAGUCAUUUGUUGGAUGUCGCUGAAGGCAGAUACCUUCUUGAGUUUAGAAUAGCUCUGUCAGUUUUAAUGGGAUUUCUUUUCUUUGACUGGUGAUCUUUUUUUCACUCGGGUUUAAUAUUUUAAUACGGUGAAACACUGUGAUCAGCCAAUCCUUGUUGGCUGCAGAAAUGAAGUAUUUCUUCUGUCUGGCUUUUCUCCUCAUCCUCUCGAGGUGAAUGUAUUAAUUUCUAUUUUAUGAAGGUGGACAAUUCUAUUUGACAGCAUCUUCAGUUCUAUUUGAUUUUAUUCUGCAUAACUUCAUAGUAUUGCUAUCUAAUACAGUUGUAUUUUUUCUUACUCAUAAUAUUAUACUGUAUUAUGUGAGAAUAAAUGCUGUUUCUUAAUUUCUA